GGCGCCGGCGGGGGCAGGGGGGGGUGGCGAAGAGGGAAAACCCGACGAAGCUGGCCGAGAUGGCACUGCCUGACGAGGAGGAUAGGCGGGAGCAAGGGUCGGGUUACGGUGAUCACGGAGCUGAGGACCUGCCUGGUAACCGACUACCAGCUCCACGAACGAACCUUCCCCCUCCACACGGUCCUCAAGACCGUUGGCCGACUCCUACAAGCCACCCGGCCCUCCCUUGGUAGACGUUCGCAAGGCCGAACCCACCGAACCCGCUUCUGCUAUUAAUAGUGCCACCACCGACGCGGCAGCCGCAGUGGUGAUGAAUGUAGACAGCGAGGAGAAUUCAGCGGCGGCGUUGGUGGUUCCAGCCGUGCCGUCUUCUCUUCUCUGGGACAGCCUUCCUUUGACGCGUGUAUCCCGGACGGGGUGGAGCUGCUGAUGGAAGACCUCUUCGGGGAGUCGGCCGCCUCAAAGGAGGCCCAAGGAUCAAACAUUGCCUCGUCCAAGAUGAAGGAGGCUAAGGGGCAGAGGGCGUACGACUCGUUCGAGAUCGCGGCGAGGACCUUGCUCUUCUGGCCGACAUUCACCGUGCUAGCGCCGGAGGACGCGGCUUCGGUGUCAUCGGUGCACGCCCUGGCGGGCCCCGUGCUUUCCCUCCUGGAGGGGUGCGAGGACGCCAGGUCGGUGGGUAAGGCUAACGAGGCCCUCACGAGGAUCGGGAUGGGCCUGGCGGCUAACCCCAGCGCGACGAGGUCGGAGAUGCUCCUCUACGUUCACGCGACCGUGGCGCCGUUCCUUCUCCCCCAGACAUCAGAGGAGGAGGACGACGACGAGGUGGAAGAGGGAGAGAGCAGCGACAGCGACUGUGGUGCGGGGGGGUCGACAGCCGCGAGAAAGAAGGCCAAAGGGAGCUCCGCUGGAGGCGGGGCUUCAUCCUCCGCCCGGGAGUGCUAG